GUUAACUAACCAAGCUACCUCUCACAUGGCAUUCAAUCCAUCACGUGCCCUGCACGUGAUCGUCCCUGAUAACAUCGCUGGCAUUACCAUCUCUCUCUCUCUCUCAUGUUGAGAGUGAGUGAAGUGGAGAAAACGAGUUUCUUGCAUUUUCUUAUCCUUUUCUUCACUUCUCAAUUCAAUUCACACUCUAAUUGUGAUUUCAUUGAACGUGUUUACCAAUCUUCUUAAUGUUCAAUUUGGGAUUCAUUGGUUACAAGCUGCUGCAACUAUGAAGAGAUUGCACUCUCCCAGUUUCCUUCUUCAGAUUACCAUCUUUCUUACUCUCUUUAUGAAGAACUCCCAGGGUUCUCAAAUUGGUGGUGUUAAAUAUUCCUUUUCUAUCAGAACUAAGGUUGAUGCAGUGCCCCAUGAUAUCUCUCCAAGCACACAGCCAAUGCCAUUUAUUCCUCUUUUAGCUCCUUCGCCGUUGAGUCCUUUCGCCAAUAAUUCUUUGCCUAAGUUAUCAGGCCUAUGUUCGUUAAAUUUCUCAGCUGCUCAAGAUAUAAUGACCAGAACUGCUACUGAUUGCUGGACUUCCUUUGCUCCAUUUUUGGCAAAUGUUGUAUGUUGUCCUCAAUUUGAUGCCAUGCUGGUGACCCUCAUAGGGCAAUCAAGCAAAUACACUGGGGUGCUAGCUUUGAACACUACUCAUGCUACUCACUGUUUCUCUGAUGUUCAGAAGGUCCUGCUCAGUCAAGGUGCGAACGAGGACCUAAAGAAUAUAUGUUCAAUCCAUACAGCAAAUCUUACUGAAGCCUCUUGUCCUGUUGUACUUGUCGAUGAAUUUGAGAGCAUUGUAGACUCUUCAAGACUUCUUACUGCUUGUAGAAACAUUGAUCCUGUAAAUGAGUGUUGUGACCAAGUUUGCCAAAAUGCCAUAAAUUAUGCUGCUAGAAAAAUUGCCUUGAAUGACAUGUCUAAUUCAAAUGGAAACCAUAGCUUUCCGGGGCAUACAGCUAGGAUCAAGGGUUGUAAGAAUAUAGUACUUCGUUGGCUGGCUAGCAAACUUGAUCCAUCGACCGCAAAUAGUAUUUUUAGAGGACUUUCAAGCUGCAACCAAAACAAAGUCUGCCCGUUGGUUUUUCCCAAUGUCACGAGUGUUGUGAAAGAAUGUGGAAAUCAGAUAAGUAACCAAACAGCUUGCUGCAAAGCCACCAAAAGUUAUGUGUCCUAUUUGCAAGAACAGAGCUUUGUGACCAAUCUGCAAGCCAUGAAAUGUGCUGUAUCACUCGGAAAGAAGUUGCAGGAAGCAAAUGUCUCGAACAAUGUUUAUAAUCUUUGUCAUAUAAGCCUGAAGGACUUUUCUCUUCAAGUUGGAUCACAAGUAUCUGGCUGCCUUUUGCCGAGUCUACCUUCAGAUGCGAUAUUUUAUAGAACUUCAGGGAUUGGAUUCAUUUGCGACCUUAAUGAUAACAUUGUAGCUCCAUGGCCUUCAACAUCAUACCCGCUUCCGUCUUCAUGCAAUAGAACGACAACACUUCCAUCCCUUCCUACGGCAACAUCUUCUCAAAAUGGUCUUUUCAUUAAUAGCUUGGUUUGGCCUCCUCUCUUCACGUCUAUACUAUUUUUCAAGAGACUUCUUUAACCUUGGAGUUCUCUUUAUUUGAAUUCUUUUGGCUACAGAGGUUUUUCAGAUAAGUUGGCUAUUCUUUGAGGCUUUAGGGAAGGACUAAAAGUCCUUCUUCAAAGCCAAUCAUCUAACAUGUUUAUAUUGUAACUUUGUUACUGAGUAGAUAGUUUUUUCUGGUAGAUUCUUGAUUGUAUUAUAUUACUGUAUCACUAUUUCAACAUUCUUUGAAAUUGUAAUAAGUCUUAUCUCAUAAAAGAAAAUAUAGAUAUUAAAAAAUAGGCUUAAAUAACGCUUUGGUCCUUGAAAUUGUAAAGGGAAUCAAAUCUGGUCCUUGUAAAAUUUUCGCAUCAAAUUGGGUCCCAAAAUUUGUUUUUUUAAUCUAAUUAACUCCUUUUGCUCAAUUUUGACCGGUCAACGGUCCAGUGGCAAGCUUAGUCAGCUAAGGACGGUCACGUGGACUUUUUCACAUCAAUUUUAGUCCCUUGAAAAGUAUUUUAAUCAAUUUUAGUCCCUGUUCUUCCACCUUCAUCUUCUUCCUCUAUAACUCAAAUCCCAUAAAUUCAAAAGGAAGAACAAGGUGAAUGUGAUGAACAUAUAGUUUUUUUAGGGUUUUGAAUUUCUAGAUUUAAGAAUUUGAGUUAUGGAGGAAGAGGAAGAAGGUGGAAGAGGAAGGUGGAAGAACAAGGACUAAAAUUGAUUAAAAUAUUUUUUAAAGGACUAAAAUUGAUGUGAAAAAAAUCCACGUGGCCAUCCUUAGCUGACUAGGCUUUCCACUGGACCGUUGACUAGUCAAAAUUGAGCAAAAGGAUUUAAUUAGAUUAAAAAAACAAUUUUAGGGACCCAAUUUGAUGUGAAAAUUUUACAGGGAUCAGAUUUGAUUCCCUUUACAAUUUUAAGGAUCAAAAGAGUAUUUAAGCCUAAAAAAUAAUAAUUAUCUUAACUUGUCGUAGUUAAGUUAUGUGUAUUAUUUGUCCUUUUGCACUCGAUAAUGAAGAAAGCUUAAUUGAAUGCAUUAGAAAUGAGUUGGAAUUCCUUUACAUGAGAUUGUCUUUGAUGAGAGAGUGAGAAACAAUGUCCCACCAAUAGAAAGAAACAAUUCCUUCAUAAGGUUUGGUUUCACUCUGCACCUAGUAGAUAAAUCCUAAGGGGAUAAAAUCCACUCAAAUCCAUUAAAUGGUGUUUGGGUGCACCAAUAGAUUUUCAUACAUGGAUCUCAUGUGAGAGAUCUAAUUCCAGUUUUGCUUAUUGAAUUGAUUUUGUUUGGUGCUGCUGUUCUGAGGUUGGUCCCUUCAGAUGAGAUUGCCACAAACGGCAAUAUGAUAUGAUAAUCGUGUGUUUUCCAUCUUUCAUCCUUGACUUCUGGCAUUGAGUUUAUUGAUCAAACCUUGUAGCUUAGUAGCAUAAAUGAAGUGACUCAGGUACCAAACAUUGUAAUUUAAUCUGUAUAUAUUUUUCAUUGAUAUAUUCUUCCUUGUAUUAUCAUUUUUUCUAUUUUCUAUGAGGGGGAACUUGUGCAUAUCGCAACAACAAGCAAGUUCUUUUUCCCAUUAAGUGGGAUUAGCUAAAUAUAACACGUAUCAUGCCGAAAUACGAGUUAAUAUGAGUAAUUGGGAGGGCGUAGAAACUAAUCAUGUGCUAGCCACGGAAGAAUAUAAGCAAUAAUUAAGAAAGAAAAGUGACUAAAUAUAGGAGAGGAUGACUCAUCAACUAAAGUAUUGAUAUGGCAGCAUAAUAGCAAUACAAUACAAUGUUAAUGAAGUGGGGAGAUUUCUCCCCUUUCAGAGGGUUUUUUUUGCUCUUUCCCAAGUAAAAGUUCUCCAUCCUCGAUGUAGGAAUUCUCACUAUUUCACACUUUUUGCUUUCAAGCCAAGAGGUUGCAUUGGGAUAGCAAUAACAUGCCACCAACCCACAUAAAAAGAUGUAAGGCGGGUGUGUAACAAGCAUGAUCGGAUGAAUCUAGUCAAAUCAGCGAACAAUGUUGAUUGAGGAGGAAUCGUGAGUCUCUGGUGAGUGGUGGUGAUGGAUGGAAGAUGAGGGGUAGAUCACGGUGGUCUGUCAUUAAUAACGCCUAAGAGGGGUCCCUGCAAUGACACUCCAAUGCCAAAAUAAGUGGUUGGGGUUUGAGAGGGAUAGUUUUUGCUAAGGUUGGAAUGAGAGUGGGUACAUGAGGGUUUCCCUUUUACCUGUCUUAUUUGUGUCUCUGUUUACAGAUACUGGUGGAGUAAUGAGUGUCUAAUGCAGCUCUCAAUUUCGAUCGUUGGAUCUUCUGCAUGUGGCAGGGACUCUGGAGGGCUCAAAUGUGUGCACCGCGUACACGCUACCCGUGAUCUUGAGCUAUACGGCUACACCUGAGGCUAGAGUAAAAGACUUCUGAUUGGAAGUGAGGAAGUGACACAAACGCCCUUGGUUGAGGAAUUUGCGGUGAGUGGGAGUCAAGACGAGGGACUCGCUGGUCAAAGGGGAAUAAGAAGAUAGUGACUGGAGGUCGAAGUGGGGACGAUUGAUCCUCCUCUGAAACAGUAUUCCUUAGCUCUUACAUUCAACAAUGGAUGUCGAGAGGUAUAAAGUGGUUGCAGUGUUGUUGGAUGUAAAUGGGAUAUAUAUGAGGAUUUGGUGAUUGAAGCAGGGAUGACCAGAACGGACGAUCGAAUCCUUAUCUGGAACAAAACAUUUAACUUUUUUCUUCAUUUAGUAUGUAGGAGCUUUGUAAGAAAAUGAAGUAGAAGGAUUAAACAUUACUCUCAGUAAUAUUAUGAAUUUGUCCCGUUUUGAGGGGCUUAA